CACUAUCUAUAAAAAACACACACACACCAACACAAUAUACAUUCUCCCAACAUAUCCCAAAAAAUAAUCAAAAACCUUAACAAAACAAAAUGUCCAAACCACAAGAACUACAAGCCUUAAAUGUCCCUUAUACUACACCAAUUAUCAUGGAAAAUGAACAUGAAGGCAAAGAUGAUGUCAUCUCCAACAACAACAACAACAUCUAUUUCGAUGACGAAACGUCGUCGAAUAGUUGUUUCAAUAAUCUAUUUUGUUGUUUUGACAACCCACGUAUGCAUGAUGGCGAAACAGCCGGAUUCUUGUACCAACAACAAUCCGGCGACCUUCUUGAUAAAGAUACGUGGUUCAUGAGACGUGCCAAAAGUGUUAAAGAGUAUUCUGAGCUUAUUGCUGGACCUAAAUGGAAAAAUUUCCUAAGGAAAUUUAGUAAGAAGCCGAAAACAAGGUCUUCUAAUGCUAAUACGCCUUUCCAAUAUGAUCCUCAAAGUUAUGCACUUAAUUUUAAUGAUGGUGAUAUUCAUGAAGAUGAUGAUUUGUUGCCUCGUAGUUUCUCUACACGGUUUGCUCCGCCAAGAUCUACUAAAUUAUGAUUUUUUAUUUUUAUAUUUUUUAUUUUGAUUUAUUGGUCAUGAAUAUUCGAUUUAUUGUUUUGUUCUAUACCUCAUUUUUAAUCAAUUUCUUGGACAUAUAAAAUGUAUGUAUAUUUUUGUUUUUCUCUAUGAAUUGAUGAUUUGAGAUCUUGCUCAUUAA